AAAGAGCGAGAUUACUCCGGGAAAAGCAGCUAAGAGAGGAGGCAGUUAGGGAAAAGGAAGAACUAGAGAGAAAAUUAGCACUAUUUCAGGAUGAAGCUAGGAUGGCAAAUGAUGCAUUAUUAAGAUCAGAAGAAACAGCAGACCUGCUAGCUGAGAAGGCUAAGAUAGCAGAGGAGGAGGCCAUGCUGCUGGCACAGAAAGCCUCGGAAGCAGAACAGGAGAUGAACAGACUACAAGUGUCUGCUCUCAGGAGCGAAGAAGAAAAGGUAGUUUUAGAACACAGGGUACGGGAGACAGAGCUCAUCGCCCUGAGAAUAGCCGAGGACUCGGAGAGGCGAGCCAAGGAGGCGGAGGAGCUGAAGGAACAGCUGAUCAAGGCCAAGGAGAAUGAGAAAUUUGCCAAAGAUAAGCUGAUAGAGCUGACUAGGAACCCUUUGAAUGACACUUUGGGCUCGGAGACAAAAACUGAACAAAAAAAGGAGCCCCAAUAUGGUUAUCCACAGUUUAACUACAUGACAGGGGACGCCAUAACGAACGAACACCUGCGAGAGUUGGACAUGAGAUUAGAACACGAGAUGUCCCUGUCCAUGGACAGUGCUGACAACUCCAUGGAGCUGCUAAGUGACAACGAUGUCGAACAGUUGUCCAGGGAAAUAGAAAAAGAAAGGAUGGAGUAUAUGGAAAAGAGUAAACAUCUUCAAGAACAGCUGAGCGAGUUAAAGAAAGAGAUUGAAGUCUUGAAGGAUGAAGACAAGGAGACUCAGUAUGACAAGUUACACAACAUCAACGUGGAGAUGGGAGAGACCAAAUACUCCACCCUGAAAAGA